AUGGCACCGUCAGCUUCACUUGAGACAUUCCUACUGCACUGCGGUACCUUCAUCGGUGAACGACUCGAAGCAGCUCCCUUCCAGACUUUCCUUGUCUUGGCCGCUGUCUGGAUUCUCUCUAUUCCAGCUUUUGUGCUUCUGAUAACCCGCUACUCAUCCUUGUUUAAUUCCAAGAAUGCCAAACCUCAACUGCGAUGUCGCUCGUGCGGGAGCACCGAUGUUACGGAGACCCCUGCGGGGCCUUCGAUUCCAACCCCGAAGAGGGAUUGA